AUGAACUCCCGACCUCACAAAGUGCGUCGUCGCCAACCCCUCCUGCUAAAUCUUACGUUCUGUCCCAGCAAUCCAUGUCCGAGCUCAAGCUCCGCCGACUUACGGAGCACAACCAACGGCUACGGGAGGACUUGGCUCGCCCACGUGUCCGGGUCAGCGAGGCCAGUGCAAGGCUUGUCACUUUCCAACUAUACUGUCUCCUCCUUUAACAUAUUCGGUAGCUUGAUUCGCUACUGCAAAACCACCAAAGAUCACCUCGUACCUUCUGUAUGGGGUCCGGUGGGCAAGGGCGAGGACCCAUACGCACCACCAGCUCAAGGCUGCAACUGUGUUGUCAUGUAA